AUGGCUAGAAGGAAGGUGAGACUACACUACAUUGCCAAUGAGACUUCCCGACGAAUGACAUUUAGAAAAAGAAAGAAAGGCCUUUUGAAAAAGGUGGGUGAGAUAACCACUCUCUGUGACAUCAAGGCCGCGGCGAUCAUCUACAAGCCCUUUGACGCCGAGCCGGAGGUGUUCCUAAAUCAUCUGAAAGUCCACGAACUGCUAAUGAAGUUCCGAGAUAUGCCGCAGAUAGAUAAGACAAGAAAGAUGAUCAACCAGGAGACCUUUUUACGACAGCGAAUUGACAAAGUCCGAGAGCAUAUCAGAAAGCAAAGAAGAGACAACCGAGAAAAGGAGAUCACUCAAGUUCUGAAGAAGGUGGGUGAGAUAACCACUCUCUGUGACAUCAAGGCCGCGGCGAUCAUCUACAGCUCCUUUGACUCAGAGCCGGAGGUGUUCCCAAGUCAUCCGGAAGUCCACGAACUGCUAAUGAAGUUCCGAGAUAUGCCGCAGAUGGACAAGACAGGAGAGAUGGUUGACCAGAAGACAUUCUAUGACAACGAAUCGACAAAAUUUGGGAGCAGAUCAAAAAGCAAAGACGAGACAAUCGAGAAAAGGAGAUCACUCAAGUUCUGA